GCCUUCUUCCUUCGUCAAUCGCACUUGAACCGAAAGAGCUGGUACCCUCCAAGUUUGGUUCCUUCUUCGGAUGUGACGGAAGGAGGCUGCUCUUCAAGCACAUUAGGAGUUCCCUUGUGAACACUCUACUAAGUAUGGAUCGAGGUCGGACUCGGAUUCUUCGUCGAGUGAUCCGCGCUUCAUAACCUAUUUCAUACCAUACCGCUGUCUAGACUGAAUUUAGGCUUUACUCUUGUAAAUCUUCCACUUGAGACCAAAACGAACCAACUUAGGAUCGGUUCGAUCGAUCUUCCAUUUUCGAUUAACGACAGUGCACUAAAAAGUCUUCGAUUUCGUAACCAUUCUCUAAGAAUUUGGUAAGCGGCGGAGGGUGCACAGUAUAAGAGUCCCCCUAGCGCUUAGUCAUAUCGGUGUUUGACCCCGUGUUCACAUACGUAAUUCCUUGGGUGUCCCAGCUUAAACUUUUGACUUGGUAAAGUAUAAGGUUCUACCGAAGCGGGAAAGCUUUAGGGUUUUGCUAACCAGUGUGAAGUUGAGUUAUAUCUUUCUCUAGUUCAUGUAAGGCUAACCUUCGGGUUUCGCUUUCAGCAAGUCGCUAAGUCGUCUUAAUCCAGCGACGAAAACUCCUGCGCUAGGAGAAGCGCUCAAUCCCGUCGCUUCGUCGCUCAGUCCGUUGCUUUUUCCUUUCCGGCCCUUUAGACCAAUACCAAUUCUAGGUGCAUAUUCCAUUCGUGCAUCUGCAGUUUCCUUUUCUUUCUACUUGCUGCUUUGUUCCAGAGCAGUCCCGACUAUGAUGUAGUAUAGGGAAUUCUAAUAAAACAGAAAGAGGAGAAAGCGCCAUAGUGAGAAUGAGAACCGCUAUGUAGCCAAGUCAAAGUACUAGAAAUAGCACUAUACUGAUUGCGACACUUCUUGUUACUUGACUAAAUCACAACAAACAAUAAAUACUAGGAGUCACAUGACAUUUUUCUAACUAAAGCCAAGCUAAGCUAACGGGAGGGAAAGGCCCAGCAAGGCUAAAAUCGAGCAUAUAAGAAGAAGUGCUUAAAACUAAGUAAAUGGGCGACCACCUUCAACAUGAAUUACUUUCGGAAGCAGGCUAUGCCGCCACACCUCUCCUGUGAAAGAGGGCUACGCAGCUGAUUCGGUUAAUCCUAAUAUGAUAUGCAAUUUCCAUCUCUUCUAUAAUCGACACUAUGAAUAUCGUAAGAUAAGAAAGCUGCUAGCAGAGGGUGAUCGUGGAUUGGUCAAGUUCGUGUACCGAUUCUCAUCGAGAUUGGGUUGGUGUUCCGUUAACUAUCCUAAGAGUGUAGUGUGGUGGUUGGGCCCUACCCAUAGAGGAAGGAGUUGGUAGCGAGACAAGUCAUUCAGCAAUGAAACUUCCAUGGCGUAGAUUGACCGUUCACGAAUCUGUCUUGAAGAGCGAGAUCAUUAUUGCAUAGAUAAGGUGCCUAUCUUGACGCGGUACUUCCACAAUGAGAUCGAAAAGCAAAGAAGGGGCUGUUGUUGAUACUUGUUUGAUUCAAACCGGGUGGCUUUCGGGAGCCGAUGGGGCCUUGCCGGCGAAUCUUCGUCUUCCUUUUCAGUCGAAGGGGGGUGGGUGAAAGGAAGCUUUAUGCGGUAGUAAAGCAACAUCUUCGUAAGUACUGUGCUUCGCAAGCCGUAGCCCACCGGUUCCCAACGUUGAAAGAUCUUUCGCCGGGUGAGUUGGACUUUUUCACGAAGCGCUUUUGUAGAUCCGACUUUGACGUUGAAUUCAAUUCGGAUGCGGAAAUGGCUGACCUUGCCAAAUUCAUUGGGAAUUAUAAUAGAGUGAAAACUCUAUUAGAUCUCUCAUUUGAAUUAUAUUUCCGUGGGAGUCGGUAAUUCUCACUUCUAUUCAAUUAGCUGCGCUUCGUUCGCUCCUUUUCACAAUUUUCUUCUGAUCAAUAGUAAGUAAGAGGAGGAAAAAAAGAAAGACCACCAACAUAAAAAUUAGAUCUUUUGAUCACCCAUUUUUGGAAAACCGUUUUUUGGAGCUUCCGCCUUACACACGGAAGAUUGGAUUGCCUGAAUCACGAGUCUUAUAUACUGUGUUACGAUCACCUCAUAUUGAUAAAAAGUCCAGAGAACAAUUUGAAAUGGAAAUAAAGAAACAAUUUUGGAUCAUAAAAACAGAAAGGCAUGAAUUGCGCAAGAAGUUAUUUCGGUUAAAACGCCGUGCGACUCGGAGGACAUAAGACUUCUUGGUCAAGCCAAAAAGAUUGCCGACUGGAUGCUCCUACCCCACCAUGCCUGGCCCUUUACCUUACCUUAAGAAGAAAAAGAGGAGGUAUGAAGCGUGGGAAAAAAUGCAAGAAGUGUAUACGAUAGAAGAGCUUAAGGAGUGGCGGCAAAUCUCUUAAUUGAUCAACGCGAGUGAACUGUGCUUAGACGCUUCGUAAAACCGCACCGAUCUACGAGAGGAACUGAUAGAUGAGUAGGCUUCCCCUUUCGAUCGCGAAAUGUGAUCUAGGACACGAUGGGAGUUUGCGUGCCUCGGUAGGAAAGAGAUCGCGGAGUAUAGCACAAGAUCGCCCUUUCUUGCUGCCAUGGGGUCGACUCGUGAACAAGGUAAACCCAAUGGGAACCAAAAACGGAGGUACCGCAUUGGGCGAAGACGAUCCAAAAGCGAAGGCUCGCCCACUGAAGGAAGGGGCUUUGGAAACUUACCUUAUUAUUAAAAGGGAAAGGGACAACCCUCUUACUAAUAAUAAGAAGGGGGUGAGAUAGGCAAAGGUAGCUUGCUUCCAAGCCGGCCCGACCGCGAGGAAUCAAGAUAUUUUUGCCGUGCUGACUUGGAUCUCGGGUGACAGAAUAAGGCGGCCGAAGCGACGAGCAAUUGCGGUCGAAGCUUGGCUACAGCGAAGCGCUUACCGAGCGCGAAGGAAAGGGCCUUCGCCACUUGAGCCGUAUGCGGGGAACUCGCACGUGCGGUUCUUAGUGGGGAAAGCUAGUAGGAGCCAUCCCACAUCCCAAUAGCGUAUAUUUGGAGCUCAAUAUGAAAUCCUAUUUUCUUGCAAGACCCGUUUGGAUAAGGGAAAACUCCAGAGAUUGCUUCAAGUAAGAUCCUUGCCUUGACCCUUUCCCGAACCGAACCGGGGAGGGUGAUAGGAAAGGGGAUCAUAAUGUCCCAUCAAUAAAGUGAGGGCUUUCCAUUCUUCCUUCCCUCCCCCUCGCUCCCUUUUUUCAAGAAAUAAGCCCGCUCCGCCCCUAAGGGGCCCCCGAUAAGGAAGGAAACGAAAGAAUCUCAAUUUUAUGACAAAUCCGGUCCGAUGGCUGUUCUCCACUAACCACAAGGAUAUAGGGACUCUUUAUUUCAUCUUCGGUGCCAUUCUUUGGAGUGAUGGGCACAUGCUUCUCAAUACUAAUUCGUAUGGAAUUAGCACGACCCGCGAUCAAAUUCUUGGUGGGAAUCAUCAACUUUAUAAUGUUUUAAUAACGGCUCACGCUUUUUAAUGAUCUUUUUAUGGUUAUGCCGGCGAUGAUAGGUGGAUUUGGUAAUUGGUUUGUUCCGAUUCGAUAGGUGCGCUGACAUGGCAUUUCCACGAUUAAAUAAUAUUUCAUUCUGGUUGUUGCCACCAAGUCUCUUGCUCCUAUUAAGCUCAGCCUUAGUAGAAGUGGGUAGCGGAACUGGGUGGACGGUCUAUCCGCCCUUAAGUGGUAUUACCACCAUUCGGAGGAGCGGUUGAUUUAGCAAUUUCUAGUCUUCAUCUAUCCGGUGUUUCAUCCAUUUUAGGUUCCAUCAAUUUUAUAACAACCAUCUUUAACAUGCGUGGACCUGGAAUGACUAUGCAUAGAUCACCCCUAUUUGUGUGGUCGGUUUUAGUGAUGAGAUUCUUAUUGUUAUUAUCACUUCCGGUCGGGCGGGGGCAAUUACCAUGUUAUUAACCGAUCGAAACUUUAAUACAACUUUUUCGAUCCCACUGGAGGGGAGACCCCAUAUUAUACCAGCAUCUCUUUCGGUUCUUCGGCCAUCCAGAGGUGUAUAUUCUCAUUCUGCUGGAUCCGGUAUCAUAAGUCAUAUCGUUUCGACUUUUUCGGAAAACCGGUCUUCGGGUAUCUAGGCAUGGUUUAUGCCAUGAUCGUAUAGGUGUUCUUGGAUUUCUUGUUUGGGCUCAUCAUAUGUUUCUUGUGGGCUUAGACGUUGAUACCCGUGCCUACUUCACCGCAGCUACCAUGAUCAUAGCUGUCCCCACUGGAAUAAAAAUCUUUAGUUGGAUCGCUACCAUGUGGGGGUUCGAUACAAUACAAAACACCCAUGUUAUUUCUUUGUAGGGUUUAUCUUUUUGUUUACCAUAGGAGGACUCACUGGAAUAGUUCGGCAAAUUCUGGACUAGACAUUGCUCUACAUGAUACUUAUUAUGUAGUUGCACAUUUCCAUUAUGUACUUUCUAUGGGAGCCGUUUUGCUUUAUUUGCAGGAUUUUACUAUUGGGUAGGUAAAAUCUUUGGUCGGACAUACCCGAAACUUUAGGUCAAAUCCAUUUUGGAUAACCUUUUCGGGGUUAAUCUUACCUUCUUUCCCAUGCAUUUCUUAGGGCUUUCGGGUAUGCCACGUCGCAUUCCAGUUAUCCAGAUGCUUACGCUGGAUGGAAUGCCCUUAGCGUUUUGGCUCUUAUAUAUCCGUAGUUGGGAUUUGUUGUUUCUUCGUGGUCGUAACAAUCACUUCAAGCAGUGGAAAGAACAAAAGAUGUGCUCCAAGUCCUUGGGCUGUUGAAUGAAUCCAACCACUUUGGAAUGGAUGGUACAAAGUCCUCCGGCUUUUCAUACUUUUGGAGAACUUCCAGCUAUUAAGGAGACGAAAAGCUAUGUGAAGUAAAAGAAGAAAGGGUCGCCGAUUGCUACUAAGAACCUAACAGAACUUCUUUCUGUCUUAUCCGUAUGGAACGAACGAAGUGAAGCUAUUAGGUAAGGAAGAGGUCUUAUUUUGAAUCUUUUUCCUAUUCAUUUUUUAGUUAGAAAGAGAGAACUCUUGUCAUG